UUUGCAAUUGGUCGAGGUAAAAGUCGGUCAUCUUCUCGCAACCCGCAGCGCAUAUAAAAAGCUCUCCACACAACUCAACUUUCCCCUGGACGAAUCUUUUCUCUUAGUAGUUGGAUUCAGAGAGUGGAGUGAAAAUGAACGGUGUGGUCAUCCAGAACAUGUCCUUCAAGGUGGGACAGACUCUGACUGUUACAGGAGUCCCCACUGCUGAUUCUACAAAUUUUGCAAUUAACAUUGGUCACAGUCCUGAAGAAAUCACUCUACAUGUGAAUCCUCGUUUUGACGCCCAUGGCGACCAGCGACAUGUAGUGUGCAAUUCCUACCAGGGCGGCAACUGGUGUGAGGAGCAAAGAGACAGCAGCUUUCCAUUCAAUCAGAAUGAGGAGUUCAAGAUAAAAAUCACAUUCACUAAUGAGGAAUUCCUGAUUACUCUUUCCGACGGUUCUGAGAUUCACUUCCCUAAUCGUCUUGGUGCUGAGAAGUACAAGUUCAUGCAGUUUGAGGGCGAGGUUAGGAUCCAUAUGAUUGAAAUAAAGUAGACUAUUCAGAACUAGACUAAUAAGGCUCACUGUUGUUUCCUAUGUGCUUCUCUGCCUUUUUUUGGUCUGCUAUUCUGCAACUAUCACUAAGUGUUUAUAGCUAUCUCUCUGGUUACAAGAAGUUUGCUGUGGUAUUGCUUCUCAACCACUAGAGAUAAAACUAAAGUAAAUUGCAAGCUUUGCAGUUACAUAAACCAUUUUCAAAUGUGGUUGACAUUGUCCAACCAAGAUAAUUUACAAGUAUCUUUCCCUAUGUAUUUUCUAUAAUACAACAUCAAAUUCCUAUAUAAUUUCUUUAUUUGUAACUAGAAUUAAUUCACAAGCUUGUAAUUGUUGGCAGAUACAAAUAUCCUGUUUUCACAAAUAAACUAAGAUCUCUUUGUC